GUCUGCAUAAACUCCAAACACCUUCUAGAGAGAGAAUACCCACCAAACCUCACAAAAAAAAAAAGUUUGAUUUUUCUUCCAUGGAAGGACAGAUUCCUCCGCCGUACGCCAUCGCUGACUCCGACGAAGGUUUGAGCGGCGCAAUUGAGGCGGAGAUCGCCGCGUUGGGAGGAGGAGCAGGUGAGUCCAACGGCGGCGGCGGCGGCGGGAGCAAGGUGAAGGGGCCGUGGUCUCCGGAGGAGGACGAGGUGUUGACGAGGCUGGUGAGCAAGUUCGGGCCGAGGAACUGGAGCCUGAUCGCUCGUGGAAUCCCUGGUCGCUCCGGGAAAUCGUGCCGAUUGCGGUGGUGCAAUCAGCUUGAUCCUUGCCUUAAGCGCAAGCCUUUCACUGAUGAGGAGGACCGAAUCAUAAUUACAGCUCACGCGAUCAACGGAAACAAAUGGGCUGCAAUCGCGAAACUUUUGCCCGGGAGAACAGACAAUGCCAUCAAGAACCACUGGAAUUCAACGCUUCGACGUAAAUACGCAGAUCUAUGGAAGAACGGUCAAUGGAAGUUCAAUCCGGCAGUUACUGCCGUCAAGGAAGAAGAAAAGCUUGAGAUUAUACCAAAAGCAUCCCCGGAAGAACAGUUGCCUCCAGGAGAAUCUGAUACAUCUAAGCCUCCCGAGCUAGACGAUGUUGUGAUGGAUAAUGGCUCCAAUGAAGCUCAGGAACAAGCUACUGAAGAAGGAAACUCUAAACAUAGUGUUUGUCGCCCAGCGGCUCAUGUCAGCGCAUUCACUGCCUAUAAGCCAGGUAGCCCGAUGACUGGAUACACAGAGCUACAUAUAGUUCCAUGUGCAGGACCUCUAGUUCAGGCAUCAGGUCCCAACUCGUUUGGCGGUAUAUUUCUUCAGUCCCUUUACGAAGAACCUAACGUUCCCACGAGAUGUGGUCAUGGCUGUGGUGACUGCCCAACCAAAAACCUGUCUCCCCGUACCUCCUUGUUGGGGCCUGAGUUUGUGGAUUGUGAGGAGCCUUCUGCUCUUUUGGACCAAGAAUUGAUCUCCAUCGCCACCGACCUGAAUAAUAUGGCGUGGAUAAAGAGCGGCCUUGACAACAGCCUUUUGAGAGAAGCAUGGUAGAGUUUAAAGACAGAUAAUUUUCACUUUGGGGACGCAUGAGCAAAGUUUACUGGAAUGAUGAACAAUGGUAUAUCGAAUCAGAUCUCGAGACAAGAUUUUUCUAUGCGAGCUGAGCUCGAUGGCUUGAGCUAGAAGAAAAUGGCAUCUAUCUUCUCUUUUGGUACAUCAGAUUUUCGACAGAUCUUACAAGCUCGAUGCAAAGAGAUAUCCAACGCCUAACUGGGAAUGUUCUUGAAGAACAUUACCAGAUUUCGGCCGGCAUGUAGAUAAGUAUCAGAUUCCUCUGUUUGAUAUUUUGAAUUGAAAUGGAUCAAAGAGAUUCUUUUGCAUGAA